AAUUGAAGGAUCUUGACACAAAUUUAGGUUGGGAUGCAGUGAAGGGAACAAUUGAUGCUAGUGAUGAUUGGUGGGACAUGAAGUUGAAGGGAUUGCUGGCUCUGAUUGCUUUUGGCAAAGCUGAAGAUGAAAUUGGGUUGAUCAAGGAGUGCCACAUAUGGGUGAUGAGGGAUUAUGGUGUUGUGGAGUCUUGUAGUCAAAUAGUUGUUGGACCAUUCCAGGAUGUUGGGAAAUUCUUUGGCUGCACGGGCAGCGGUGAACUUGUCUUUUCAUGUGACCUUAAGAUUCUAAAUAAGAACAAUCUUGGAAUUGAAGAUCUCGAACCAAAGUUUUAUACAGCUGAUCUCAUGGAUCUCAUGGAGAGCUUAGUUUUGCUCAAAGAGUAAACUGCGAGGUGUUCAUCUUUUGAAAUUAUUAUUGACAGGUCAGUUGUUGUAUCAAGUGAAGCUGUUGGGAAGUUUAUGUGUCCAUGGUAUUGCUGUGUUUUCUUUUCUUUUGUUUUAGACAUGAAAGUGUUGCUUUUAUGUAGAAGGACAAAAUCAGUUUAGAGGUUA